AUGACUGCCGCAAAUCCUUCCUCGCCGCCUGAUGUGAAUGAAGAUCUGCAUCACGACGAUCUUGUCCAACGCCUAAAGUCCAUGUCCACUGUGAGCCCGACACCGCCUCAAGGCCCGAACAAGACACCGACUCCUACCAAAGCGCCUAUACAAGACACACCACGCUCAAGCUCAAGCUCGAGCUCAAGCCAGCCCUCUGCCGACACCAUGGGAGAAAGCAGCACCCUCGCCCGCCAGCUUAGCAACACCUCCGACGACAGCAUGACUUCGCGCAGGCCCUCUACACCACGCUCGCAGACGGACCCCCAGCCCGACACUCUCACCUCCCUCACCACUCGGCCACGGAAUCGCUCGCCCUACUCUCGCUCUCAUCUUCGCUCCCAGAGCGGGUCAGCGUUGCCGAGCGCGCCGCCCAUGACACGGGCCCAUUCGUUGCCUACUGUCAUGCAACCGUCUGGCAACCUCAGGCUCUCGCCUACCCCGAUGGAGCUUGCCCUCCCGGCUUCUCCUCUACGCUCGCCCAAGCGGACCCGCAGCCCGCGAGCACUGGAGCCACGGCCGCAUACAGUAGGGGCCCCAGAGCGGUACGGCUCGGGUAUCCGUCCGGCCUCUAUCGGCUCCUUCGAGGGCGCUCCGAGUGUGUGCGAUAUCUCAGAAGAUGCCGAGCUGGAACUCACGCCACGCGUUGGCACCACCGUGUCGAGUCUGUACAGCAGCACAGGCUCGCUCUCAAGGCGGCGUCGACCAGCUUCACCGCUCUAUCAAGUCUCGGUGUCCUUCGGCGCACCGCCUACCAGUACCCCGUCGGUCAGCACUCCAACAUCAACUGCCUCCUCGCCGCUCCUCGCACCAUCCAGGUUCAACGAGAACUACCCCAUGUCACAUGCUUCAUCGUCUGUACCCUCUACACCAACCUCGAUGCGCUCCCGCAGUCCUUCCAUUUCUUCCCUCGAGACUAUCGAAGACAGUCCAGACGCAGAAGAAGAGGCUAUAGAGGCCGACCGCAUACGGCGCCUGAAGGCUGCCGCUGAUCGUGAGGAUGGUGGAGAGGCCAGAAGGUCCAGCUUAGAUGUGCCAGAAGGCCGUGGGCGCAGUCUAGGUUUCGGCAAGCGAGACUCGAGGAAGAGGUGGAGUGUCUGCGGAGCGGAACGACGCGGCGACCUGGAUCUGGAGACCAUCUGGGAAGAUUGA